GUUAAAAACUCUGCAAAAUAAGGCUAAUUUCUCUCGCUCUGAGCGUUCAAUAGCCGAACUGUCGACGUUUUUGGAUUGCUUUGGAUCAGGACUAGACCUCCAACAUGAAUCCGAAGUGUGCACGGUGCGAGAAGACGGUCUACCCGAUGGAGAAACUGAACUGCCUGGACAAGUACUGGCACAAGGGAUGCUUCAACUGCGAGGAGUGUCGCAUGACCCUCAAUAUGAAGAACUACAAGGGGUUCAACAAGAAACCAUACUGCAAUGCGCAUUACCCGCAGAGCAAGCCGACAGUCGUUUCAGAGACACCGGAGAUCGCUCGGGUGAUGCAGCAGUCGCAGCAGCAAAGUCUGAGCUGAUUGUUAGAGAAAUUUACCAGAGUCUAAAAUCGUAGGCAGUACCAAAAGCUUCCUGUCACGCCCGGGAUAGCCCCACCCCCAAAAGCGUCGGCCCAGCAGAAUUGCUGCAUAUAUAGGCGGCUGAUUGACAGA